AUGAAGGUGAACUUCAAGCUCAAGGAACAUCAGGGAGACGACCAAGGAGGACUACAUGUUGAUAAGCCACAAAGCUUCUGGGAGAAUUUAGUCAAUUCUUCAAGUAAAGUGUUUCCACACUUUCUCCUGAUCUUCACAGCUGUGUGUGGUGUAUCUCCAUACGUUCCUCAUCGGUAUCACUUUGUGGAUCAGAGUAAAAACUGGACUGAAGCUCAGAGCUACUGCAGACAGAACUACACUGAUCUGGCCACCAUCAACAACAUGGACGAGAUGAAGAAGCUGAACAAGACUCUGAAGGGUAAAGGUGGAGAAUUUGCUUGGAUUGGUCUGGACCUCGGAGACAAAGGGAAAUGGCGGUGGUCUCUGCCAGAUGGAAAUUUCUACACUGUAGAAGAUACAGACCAGAACUGGAACAAUAAAGAACCAAAUAAUCCUGGAGAAAAGAAGUUCUGUGUUUCGAUGUAUAAACAAGAUGGAAAGUGGUUUGAUGACGCCUGUACGAGUGGACAUUUCUUUGUGUGUUUUGACAAAAAUAAACCAAACACUGAGAGAUACGUAUUCAUUAAUGACAAAAAGACCUGGCGUGAAGCUCAGAGCUACUGCAGAGAACAUCACACAGACCUGGCCAGUGUGAGGAACGAGACUGAGAGACAGCAGAUCAAUGCAGCAGGAAACGGUGUUCAUUUCUGGAUCGGCCUGUUUAAGGACUCCUGGGAGUGGUCAGAUCAGAGUAACUCCUCAUUCCGACACUGGGAGCCUCGCCAGCCAGAUAAUAAUGAUCUUACAAAAUGUGCUGCAGCUUCUGUGAAGGACCAGGGUCAGUGGCAUGAUAUAAAAUGUGAUGAACAGUACCCAUUCAUCUGCCAUGAGAAUAAGCUGAUCUUGAUCCAGCAGAAGCUGAGCUGGAAAGGAGCUCUGAGAUACUGCAGAGAGAAUCAUGUGGACCUGGUCUCAGUUCACUCUAAGGAGAUCCAGCUCUGGGUGGAGGAUGUGGCUCAGAAAGCCUCCACUGAUCAUGUGUGGCUGGGUCUGCGUCACACCUGUGCCCUCAGCCUCUGGUUCUGGAUGAGUGGAGACUUUAUCUGCUAUGAUAACUGGGCUCCGGGUGACGAGACAGAGGGAGAAGACUGCAAUAAUGCUCCAGAGGAAGAAGACUGCAGUCCUGUAGAGAGAACCGGAGCGGUGCAGGCUAGAGGAGAUCAGCAGUGGGUCAGCCUGCCUGAGAACCAGCCUCUCAACUUCAUCUGCAUCAGAUAUGAAGGUUAG